AAAAAAAAAUGUGAAAAAAAUUGAGAUGUUAUUUUUAUCGUAUUAAUACGCUGUAGGAUUUCUUUUUUUUGUUGCAAAGCGUUAUCAUCAACGUAUACAUAAAUACUUAUCACAUGCAUAGGACAAUUAAUUCUGCGAACUUAUAAAUACAUCUCGUGUGGGUUGGAAAGUUAUAAUUAAUUUGAAAUUAAUUCUAUUAUUAGGGUGAAUUUUGUGAAGUUUAGAUAAAAAAAAAGAUGAGUUUUCUGGAAUUAUUUGGCGCUUUUGUACUUUUAUAUAAUUUAUUGUACCUGAUAAUACCCAUGUUUUUGGAUUGUGAUAUGCGACUUUAUUUGAAAGAAAAAUUUGGAAAGCCUAAAGAUUCAUUAGCCGGUAAAGUGAUAUGGAUUAUUGGAGCUUCUAGCGGAAUCGGUGAACAUACUGCUUAUGCAUUAGCAAAUGCAGGUUGCAAAUUGAUAAUCUCAGCCAGACGAACUGAUUUAUUGCAGAAAGUCAAGGAAAAAUGUGUCAUUGAAAAUAAUGAAAAAUUGACUGGAAAUGACAUUCUCAUUCUUCCUUUUGACAUUCUUGAUUUGAAUGUUCAUCAAAAAAUGUUUGAUAUAAUUCUACAAAAAUUUGGCAAACUGGACAUACUUGUACAUAAUACCGGUCGAAGUCAACGAGCAAAUUGGGAGAAUAUUGAUAUAAACGUAGAUAAAGAAGCAUUUGAAUUGAAUGUUUUUUCAAUUGUUAAUUUAACACGUGUUGUUUUAAAAUAUUUUAUAAAACAAGGAAAGGGACAUGUUGCAGUUAAUUCCAGUAUAGCUGGAAUUAUGGGUAUUCCAUUUUCUGCUUCAUAUACUGGUUCAAAACAUGCUUUACAUGGAUAUUUUGAAUGCUUAAGAACUGAAAAAUCAAUUUCAAAUAUUUCCGUCACUAUGAUAGUUCCUGGACCAAUACAAACUGAUUUUUUACCUGAAAGCUUUACUGAUACAAUUGGCGAGAAAUUCGGUCAGAAGACACCAAUCGCAUCGAGUAAAUUAAGUCCAAAACGUUGUGGAGAAUUAAUUGCAAUUGCUUUGGCCAAUGAAUUAAACGAAGUUUGGAUUUCAUUUUCACCUCCUUUGUUUCUUUCAUAUCUUAAAUUUUAUCCCAACUUGGGACGCUUAAUUAGCAAUCUACUGGGACCAACCUUCCAUCAACGUUUACGAGACAGCAAAACUACUGUAAAUCAAUAAAUUCAACAAACUGAUAAAGAAAAACA